UCAAGUAUGUUGUGCUGGUUUGGUGUGCUAUAACUAUGGAAUAUGUUGUUCAUCUUGAAGAUAUGCCUGAAGUUAUUAUGAUUUGCAUGGUAGUUGGGUUUACUUUGGUGAAAAGUCUACCAGGUGUUCUCAAAUCACUUUGGAUAUUUAGAAAGGAAAAGAGACCAAAAAGAAGAAGAAGAUGUCAAAGACUGACACUCUCCCAGCUGAGAAAAAGAACAAGAAAGAGAUGGAGUUUGAGCUGAAACUUGCUAAGGAGAAGGAAGAGAUACUUGAGCGCGAGAAGCAGAUGAAAAUCAGCAGACUACUGCAAGAGGUGUCAGAAACUGAAAGAGAAGAUCUGGAAGAGUCAGAGAAGGUGCAGCAUUGGGUGGAGAGGCUCUGUCAAACCAGACUAGAGCAAAUCUCCUCAGUCGAAAAUGAUUCUGCAGAGAUGUCUCCAACUCGUUCGCCAGUGUCAACUGGUCCCACCAAACGGAGGUUCCCUGGAGGCUUGACCUUGGCCACUACUGACCUUGAUGACAUCAACUUAGAUGAUGUGGACCAGAGUCUAAGGCAGCCUUUGAAAAGACUAGCCCCAACUCCACCUACAUCCAACCAAGCUCCCCCUCCCUUACCACUCCCUUCACCCUCACCCCGACUUUACCACACAUCCAACCAUCGCCCUCCAUCUCCAAGAACGCAGCUCCCAAUGCAACCCAGUCCCAGACCAACCCCUCAACGCCCACCUUCUCCACUAGCCAGAAGAGUACCCCCUUCCUCAAUAGGUCGUAGCUGGCAACCCCCUGCUGCCCAACUAUUCUCCUCCAGGGGUCCGUCCUCAUCUCAGCCACCUCCCCCACCACCACCUCCUCCCCCUCCACCACCACCGCCUCCUCCUCCACCACCUCCUCCACCCCUGCACAUGGAGGACAAGUACCAUGUGGGGUCGUCCAACUAUCCCCGCUCCCCAAGCUUAUCUGAACAGGGAAGCAGGUUUGGGGACAAUGGUUACCGACAGAGAGGGGGAUUCCACUCCACCAUCCCCAGUUAUCUCUCACGCCCACCCAGCCCGAAGGCUGACCACAACUUGAUGGUUAGCAUAGUUAACACAUUUGGGAGUGUGAGAGGCUUUAGACACAUUAUAAUUCAAUCCAAUUCAAUUCCAAAAUUGAUUUCAUGACACAGGAAUAUUACUCAUCACUGAAGUGAACACUACAAUCUGCCUGUUUUUUUAUCCAAUUCUUAUGUUGUACAUACAUGCAUGCAUGUAUUCCUUGAGUGUAGUGUUUUGCAGAUGAGAUUAACCCUUAUUAAUUUUUUUAAAGAUAUUUGUCAGGAAGCAGAUCAUUAUUUUGGGAGAAAAGCAUGCUGUCAUUCGGUUUAAUGAUCUUGCAGUGCUACUGAUUCCUAUCAUUGUUAGACUGUUGAAAGAUUUGUCCUUGUGGCCCAGGUGAUGAGAAAAACAUCACAUGCUGGCAGGACAUCCACCUCUAAUAAUCCACUGGUCCUUAGUUUGUAAAAGAUACAUGCUACUCUGGGUCUUCCACUCCAUUUUUAGCGCAAAUCAGACUUACCACGCUUAUGUAACAUAUGUAAUGUUAGCUUAAUGCAAACUGGCAUCUCUUUGCAUAGGAAAUAUUUUUCAACAGCUCUCAAUGCCUAUAUCAGGAGAUUACUCUAAAACCCCACAGGAAGUGCAUGUCUAAAUAGAUAUAGUUGGCACAAAUAAGGUACUAAUAUACCAUUUAGGGGUAAAUAAGGAACAAAAAUGUACCUUUUUUACCUGUUGUCCAAGAUAACAACAGGUAAAAAAAAAAGGUUUAUAAAACCGUUAACUCUUUGACCUGUUUUAUAGAUAUGCAUACCUCCAUUAUCCAUAGGAUUUAUUAGGGAAGUAAUGAAAUUUAAAAAGCCAUUUCACAAAAAGUCAGCAUUCCUAGAAAGGCAAUGACUGACAUUUUGCAUGAAAAACGUCUUUUGCUGAACAUGAAAGCUGCAAUUCAGUAUUUGUGCUAUAUGAAAGAUUCCUAAAGUCUUUUGUGCUGUGUGGUUUAGAUUGCGUAACUCUCGAAGGUGUAUCAUGCUCUGACCUUAAGUUUGUGUCCCUUACUGCUAACCUCUACAUAGCAAAUGGCCCCCAGCCCUCCAAACCAGCGGAGACAGUUCAACCCUGUCAUGUCCAAACCUGUCAUGCUACCGAGUCAGAUCUCACAUAGACCCACACUUCACUCUGAGACCAUGGUAAGAUGGCAAGUACCUGUGUGUAAACAUGCAAUGAUUAGGCAUAUAUAAGCUACUGGAUCUUUACAACUUUGACUCAUUGGUUUAAUUGUUGUAACACAAGGAGGACCAAAUAGAUGCUGUUGUUACUGAUUGCACUGAUUAAGAAGGCGGUAAGAGAAGGACAAAAGGGGAGAGAGGUGAAAAGAGAGAUGAUUUUUCCAUCUGUGUACACAAUGAGACUUUUAGCAUUAAAAUGUCUUUGACUGAUCAGCCUGACAGACCUAGACCUGCUCUCCCCUUCCUCCUCCAGACAGUCAGGCCUGCUCCAUCAGAUCACAAAGGAAGCUAAUCACUCUGCCCUGUCCUUGUACCUACUUAAUUAAAUGAAUGGGUGCUUGCCAAUUCUGUGGUUGUUUUAGAAGGGUAACAAGAAGGGCAAGAAAGGACCUCACCAUCUUUAAGCAGUCAGUCAAGCAGUCAGGGUAUUUAUAAAGCUCACAGAUACCUGAAUUCACAGAUAAUAGUUAAUAGACCUGUUUGCCAUGCUGUGGCAAACCUUAUAUGGCAUGUAAUCAGAUGGUGCAAGCAUUUAAUGUGUGUGUUAUUGAGCCAUAAUUAUGUGUUUUUCAGCCCCCAGAGAUGCUCAAACGGAUGGUCACGUACAACAUGUCCUUUAAAUCCAGCAAGAAACAAGUAACUGUCAUCAUUACUUUGUGUUAAACCCCUCCUCUCUCUCAACACUCUGGUCCUUGAAUGAAAUCUCAGCUGUCUGAGUGUAUACAUCUGCAUGUGAAGUAUCUGCUACAUUUCUAACAUCAUUUCCUUGGAGGAUACUGGUAAAAUGUAUCCUUGAGGUAAUUUAAAACUAGUUCCUUUUCGAUAGAUUUCACUUGCAUUGCGUCAGUUGUUGAUGCUUUGGGGAACUCCAUUUCUCUAAAAAACUGAAACCUGUUCAAUGAAUCAAUGAAGCAUCUGCAUGAACAAAUGGCUUUUCAGCCGGCCAAAACAGGUGAAGCAAUUGGUGCUUAAUGUCAUUUCAUCAGAAUCUUUCUCCUUCAGUGAGAAGAUCACCUCCUCACUGACUCCAAAGAAGAAGAAGAAGAAGCCUCAAGCGCACACAUAAAACUUGCCAUAGCGCACCUCAAAAGUAAUGAUUAUGACUUCGUCAGGAAUUAAAAAAAACAGCAAGACUGCCUUAACAUCAUAAUAAUUCACUGAUAAACUAGUGUUUUUUGUGUUUUCGGCUACAGUGAUGAAGUCGACAACACUGACUCAUCUACACUGUGGACGUGCACGUUUCAUACGGAUUACAUAAUCUGAAAAUAUUUUUUCCUGCAACUAAGCGACUAGUAAAAUUUUGAUCAACUAAGCCUCUUCUUGUCAACUAAUGGUUAGUCGACUGUUAGGGCGCAGUCCUAAUCAUGUGCGAGCAGUUUAGUCUUUUUGGAGGGUUCUGAGGAAGAUUUCCCCAAUGAAAUCAUGCCAUUAGCGGCUUCUGUUGCAGAGGAGUGGUCAGACCCCCCCCAAUAAAACCCAUCUGCGUCCUCGCCAAGGCUGUUGAAGAGCAUGGUUUAGAGUGGUCGGCCCCAGAAGAAGCCGCCUCAAUUAGUGGGUGCUUGCAGAUGGGGCGCCACCAGCGAGCCCCCCAACAGAGAUCUGCCCCAUUAUUUUCAGAAGUUCACAUUGAAAUUACCUCAACCACAGCACUGUUUACGGCACUGAACAGAAGGAGGAUGAGCAGGAGGCCGCACUUAAAGGGCUGUCAGUUAUGAAGCUAUCCCAUUGGGUAGUUGAUGUAAUAGCACUGGCCUGUUCCUCCUUUGGACUGCAAUGCCUUAUUGGAGUGGUCCUCGCCAUCCACCUUUGCCAUAUUCUAUAAUUUAUAUAUCCCUGCUCUUCAAGUACAGAUCUUACCUGCUUAGCCGUCUUUGACCCCUCCGAGAUCUAUACAGCAUGACUUUGACCUUGUCAGUCUAAAACCUGACUGUUCAGGCAUCUUCUUCUCAUUUUUAAGCAAUCUUAUCCAAGAUGGCUCCUUUAUUCUGCCCUUAUAGCAUGGUGCUAUUGGAUUGCUUUUCCCCAAAGCAUCAGCAACUGCUGCAAUGCAAGUGAACGGUAUCAAAAAUGAACCAAGUAGAAACCGAGUUGUGUAGAUUUUAUUCUGAUCUUAGGUUAAUGUCAUUUAUGUUGUAAAUAUCUCUUUUAAUACUCAAGGACAUCAGAUGUAUGAUUGCAAUAUUGUGCUUAUUUCGGGCUAAGACAUGAAAUGGUCUCACAGUGUGGAUUAACUCAAAUAUAUCUCAAUUCAGCCUCACACCUAUAUAUUCCCAUGCAAUCAUACAUCUUGUUUGCUAUGAAAGCAGCCUUUGAGUGGAUCCCAUGUGCACUGCACAAAUGGGAGACUCAAACUAAAGGUUAUAUAAUAGUAAAGUGCAUAUGCACCAAAUGGCAUCUCAGUGUGCAUUUUCCCUUUUUAUGAGGUGGAGCAUGACAAGAAGUCUGUGUUUUUUCAGUUUGUUGGUUCUGUGGGUGUGAAUCCUUGAUUGAUUAUUUGUCUUGAUGGAAAGUGGUUUUGAGUGUGUAGUGGAUGGCAAAGAGCCUUUACAUUGUACAUAAACAUCAGUGCAGAUCCAGAACCAACUGGAAAGCUACCAAAGGAUCCAACAAAGCAAACACAUCCUUUCUUAGUAUUAAUAUGUGUACCAUGUAGUA